AUGCUGGCCGCCCAAGCAAAAAGAAUACACACCCGCCAGAACGGCGUAAGCGAGAGAAAGGACGCACGUCGAAUGCCGCAUGCAUGGCUCCGGGUCAACACGACGUUGAACCACGCAGAUCUCGCCCGCCUAGUGCCGGGUAUACAGCCAGCCACCGACGAGGAGUGGUUGCAACGGCACCACACGGUUUUGCAGCUCAAGAAGACGGUUGCCAGUCAUCAUGCGCCGCUCUCGGCCAAUCAGCAGAGGAGCACAGAGCAGUGGAUACGGACCCUCGAUCCUAGUCACGCGACGCUGGUGCAGAUCGGAGCCAACCUGCACCAGAGCACGAGCUACGCCAACAGUGACCCAGGGCCGCAGUGCGUGGCGCUCGGAUGGCGUGCCCUCCUGCUUGAGCCCGCGCCGCCCAUCUUUGCGAGGCUGCGCGCCAAGUAUUCGAAUCGCACGCGUUACCGGCGCGUGCGGACGGUGAACGCCGCGGUGUGCGACCAGUGUGGGUCGGAGCCGGUGCCGUUCUGGCACGUGGACACGUCAAACGCGACAGGGAACUGGGGCUCUUUGCACGCUGAUGCUAGGAGCGUGACCAACGGCGAGCACGUCCGCCUCGAGGCGAUCGACACCUUCAUCUCCGAGAUCUCAUCGCUCAGCGCAUCGCACCUCGUCCAGUUCCAACGGCUCUACACGACGCAACGCGGCCCGUGCGCCCUGUGCGGCCAGCUACUGGCGGGCCGUGCCUACGACGCCUCUUGCAGCUCGCGCGUCAUCCGCGACAACAUGCGCUCGACUACCGUGCGCUGCUACUGCAUGCGACAGGAGCUACCGUGGGAGCACGUCUCACUCUUGACCAUUGAUGCGGAGGGUCACGACUACAGUGUGCUGUCUCAGUACCCGUUUGCCUCCAGUCCGGUCCAGCGGGUCGUCUUCGAGGCGACGCACAUGCGCAACGUCGACUUCGAUCGCGCUGCCGCGCUGCUCGAUUCGCAUGGCUUCGUCUUUCUGAAGGGCGGCUACAAGGCCGGUGACAACGUCUGGCACCACCCCGGACGUUGA